AUGAAAUUAUUUUUUUUAGUUUUAUUAAUUAUUUUUAAUUCUUCUAUUAUUCAUUCAUUUAAAAUCAAUUUUAAUGAACAUAACAACAAUAAUAAUAGUGGUAAAUAUGUUUACAAACAAAAUUUUCAACCUAGAGAUACCAAAUGUCAGAAUCAAGUAAUUGGUGAAGCAUAUGUAGUAACAGGUGAAUGUAGUGUUGGAAGAUUAUAUGAAUGUAUUAAAGGAAACACUGCCAUUAGUUUUAAAUCAUGGAUCAAUGUAAAUUGUACAGGAGAACCAAUAUCACACAAUCAAAUACCAGUUAACACAUGUACAAAAGACGAUCAAACAUUGUAUUCAUGUGUAGAUAGCUUAAAUUUACCAACUUCAAAUUCAAUUAUAAAUAUUAUUUCAAAUGACUGUGAUUGGAAAAAUUCAGCAAUCGAGUUUGAUAUCACAUAUACAAAUAUUUGUCAAGAGAAUGUAUAUCCAUGGGAGUUUAGUUGCAAUCAAACUGUUAUGGAAACAAAAAUUUACAAAACCAAUAAUGGAACUUGUACCGGUGCACCAAAUGAAGUUUCAUUUACAAAUAUUUCGCAAUGUAAAGAAAACCCAGCACACAAAAAAUUAAAUUUUAUUUGUAAUGAAUAA